UCUGAUGGGAGCUCAGAGAGAAAGCGAGCGAGCAUCUGCGUGAUUGCUGAGAGACUGACGAGCCUGUCAAGCCAGGUGGACAGUGCUGCAGCCAGACCGGGAAUCGAACAAUGACCCCGCUGUGUGGCUGUGUGUGAACCUGUGCGGUUAUACAGCGACCCUCACCUUGCUUUAACUAGAGAGGAAUUGCUUGAUGGUGCCUGUGAGAGUUGGAGCACAACUCAGGAAGGAGCAGUGAGAGGAAGAGUGGGAGGAGGGUCUGCAGGGUCGGGGAAGGCGGUGAGACACCAAGUGGAGCCGUGGAGCGGACACAAGAGGAGACAUGCUUCACUCCGGACAUGGACGAUCCUUUUCCAGCACCACAACUACAGAGAACUCUCCAGAGUCUGGCAGUGAGAGGUCGAUCCGACGCCUCAGGUUGACACUGCACGCAGGAGAUGACGCAAACAAGGAGCCCAGGUCUGCCUAUUCCAAUGCAGAUAACAAAGAUGGCUGGAAAACGAGGAAUAGGCUCAUCCAAAGGGAGAGGCCAGCUGGCAGAGAGUCACCCACGCAGCCCCUGGGUGACAUGACCAAUGGGCUGUCAGAGCCCUCGCUGCAGCAUCAUGGCCCCAAAAUGUACGGCGUGGUGCAGAGGAACAACUCCAGCAGAGUACCAGAAGUGAGGGCGCGAGAGUGGACUGUCCAUCACCUUCAUGAUGAAAUGAAGUACAUCAGGGAGGUGAGAGAUUCUCUGGAGAAGGUUAGAGAGCGCAUGUAUGGGCAGUUUGGCGGCAUGCAGCAGUCUGUGCACAAACUCUCACAGGAAAUGAGGGUUGCCAACUCCCGCCGCAGGAAUCUAGAGUCGGAGGUGAAAAUCCGCACGGCAGCCAUGGAGAAAUUUGAUCAGAUGAACAGCUCCCUUAUGUCUACCAAUAUCGGCCUGCAGAAAUCCCUCCUAGAUAACUGUCAAACCCGAUUGGACACGAGGGACGAGGUGAAGAAUUUGCGCAGCACCUGUGAGAAAACAGAAGAAGAGUUGAGAGCCAAGGAGAGAGAGUUGGCUGCAGCACACGCCGAAAACCAACAUCUGAGACUUCAGGUGGAAUCUUCACGGGAGGCCAACAGUAAAGCCCUAAUGGAGCUGUCCAUGAGACUCCAAGGGGACUACGAGGAACAGCUGCUGGAAGAGCAAAGAAAACACAAAAAGGAGAUUGAAAUACUCCAGGCCCAACUGGACGAAUACAUCAGACGGCUGGAGGAAGCAGAGCUGAACAUCAAGAUCGCAGAGGCCAAAAUUGCAGAGAGGGAUGAGAGGGUCUGUGAACUGGAGCGCCUGCUUGACUGCAUGGGAACAGAAAAGAGUCAACUCCAGCAAAAACUGCAGGAAUGUGAGCGUCGUCUUCGCUUGUUGGACCUGAGCGAUACAACAGACGGGGCUGCAGCCAUGAGGUCCAAAGAUCUACAAAAUGAAGCUGGAAAUCUCAGGGAGAGAAUCAAACACUUAAACGACAUGGUCUUCUGCCAGCAGCGGAAGGUCAAAGGGAUGAUUGAGGAGGUGCAAACACUACGAACUCAAGUCGCUCAGAAGGACAUGUUCAUCUCGGAGCUGCUGGACCGAAUUGCAAUGGUGGAGUGUGAGAAUAAUGAAUUAGAAGACAAGCUCAAGUAUUUUAUGUCCACACAGAAUAGUGAGCAAGAGGAUGUGGGCACUGGGGAGAUAGGACUAGUCUACAAUAUUCUCCCAAGAGUUGACGAAGUUCCUUGGCAUGGUGUUGAACUUCCUACUCUGCAUGAAGAGAGAGUUCUCAGUCCCAUAGAACACUCUCCGUCUGAUCCACCACCAUUUGCCAUACCACCUCCACCACCAAUGUCACCUCCAUUACCCAUGGACCCUCCAUUUUCACCCACACAACCGCCAUUACCACCAUUGCCUUUAUCCUCCAGCCCACCUUCAUCACCCACACAAACUACACCCUACAUAUACCCACCAUUUUCCCCCACACAACCGCCAUUACGUCCACUGCCUUUAUCCUCCAGCCCACCUUCAUCACCCACACAAACUACACCCUACAUAUACCCACCAUUUUCCCCCACACAACCGCCAUUACGUCCACUGCCUUUAUCCUCCAGCCCACCUUUAUCACCCACACAAACUACACCCUACAUAUACCCACCAUUUUCCCCCACACAACCGCCAAUACGUCCACUGCCUUUAUCCUCCAGCCCACCUUCAUCACCCACACAAACUACACCCUACAUAUCUCCACCAUUUUCCCCCACACAACCACCAUUACAUCCACUGCCUUUAUCCUCCAGCCCACCUUUAUCACCCACACAAACUGCACCCUACAUAUACCCACCAUUUUCCCCCACACAACCGCCAUUACGUCCACUGCCUUUAUCCUCCAGCCCACCUUCAUCACCCACACAAACUACACCCUACAUAUCUCCACCAUUUUCACCCACACAACCGCCAUUACGUCCACUGCCUUUAUCCUCCAGCCCACCUUCAUCACCCACACAAACUACACCCUACAUAUACCCACCAUUUUCACCCACUCAACCGCCAUUACGUCCACUGCCUUUAUCCUCCAGCCCACCUUCAUCACCCACACAAACUACACCCUACAUUUACCCACCAUUUUCACCCACACAACCGCAAUUACGUCCACUGCCUUUAUCCUCCAGCCCACCUUCAUCACCCACACAAACUACACCCUACAUAUACCCACCAUUUUCACCCACACAGCCUCCAUUACCACCACUGCCUUUAUCCCCAAGCCCACCUUCAUCACCCACACAAACAACACCCCACAUAUACGCACCAUUCUCACCCACAGAAACAACACCCAACAUAUACCCUCCAUUAUCACCCACACAACCUCCAUUUCCACCACUACCCUUAUCCCCUAGUCCACCAUCAUCACCCACACAAACACAACCCUACAUAUACUCACCAUCAUCACCCACACAAACAACACCCCAGGUAGACCCACCAUCAUCUCCCACAGAAACACCUGUUAGACAGCAGUAUCCUUCACCCUACCUAACAAUGCACACACAACCGAGGACGUUUAGGCCUAACAAACCUCCGCCCAGCAGGCUGGGGUCCACUUUGCUUCGCUACACGCCCGUUGAGUACAGCCGCUACUUAGAGGCCAACCCGACGCCGCCAAGCGAAACAGUCUACUCCAGCUCGAUCUCAUUUGAAUCCCAAACCUCAGAGAGCUGGACCGGAGACGAGGUGGACACUCAGACGCCAUCAAAUCCAGACCAAUCUUCAACGUCGUCUAGAAGAACAAGACCAAGGAUACAUUGCAUGGAUACACCUUUCACAAAAUUAAUGGACAUAACAGCAAAAAUAAACAUAGAGUCAGCUGAUCAGCUGCUCCUGGAGUUACCCAAAUCAAAGCGCAAGCUUAGAGGGGACAGGGCCUUCUCUGUUGUGGGUCCCAAACUCUGGAACAAUCUCCCUCUGCAUCUAGCCGUGAUGUCCUCGCCAUGGACAGGCGAGCAGGGACAGGUGGGUCCCUUGAGCAACCACAGCCGAGGACAGCUCCAGGAACUACUGCUGCGACAGAACUCCAUUCUCUCUAACAAGAGAUUAAUCGAGACCCUUCCCGACAAAGGAAAGAAGUUAAGGGACUUUGCAGAAAAGAUAAACCUCGCCAUUGAGCAACAUGAUGAAGAAGAGAGGAAGAAGAGUUUGGUGUCAGCAGCCAGAACAGAGUUUCAGUCCAAAUACCAACAAGCCUUCACCGUGCGACGAAGUGAGCUCGCCACGUCACAACUGACUGAAGGGUCGCUUGUCUGCGUUCCUGCAGAGGAGGAAGACGACACUGCGAGUGAACUUGUCAGCAAAGAGGCUGCUGCUGAAACCAUGGAGACGACUGCCUCUGGGGCCUCUCUGAUCUCUGUCAGGACAAAAGAGGCCGACCUUGCUGAGGCCUUGGACAGGGUCACAAUAUCUGCUAGCACUGGUUUUAAUGGGAAAAACGAGGAAAAAAAGGAUAAUUACUUUUUUAGGAAGCCGACCCAAAUGCCUCACAUUGUGACAGUCCUCCAAAGAACAGAGAACACUUCUCGCCCUCGUCAAAAAUUCAGACCAAACCAGCUGCCAAACAGAAGCGACAACUCUUCAUCUGGCUCCUCAUCACCCAGCCAGUCGUUCGAGGGGUCAUCGCCGCUCUCGGCGCGGGCCAGGAGGGAACGUGACAAGAAACACCUGGAUGACAUCACGGCAGCAAAGCUACCUCCUCUCCACCACAGUCCAGCCCAGCUUCUGUCUCUGCAAGAGUCAGCUGACCUUCUGAGAGCACAGACUAUGAAACAGCAGGAUCUGCAGGCCAAGAUGGCAGCACAAAAACUAUCUGAGGGAUUGAAGAUCUCCAUGAGCAGCUACACUCCUGACAGCAGCUCCGUGGCGGCGUACAGGGAGGUUCAUGAUGAAGGAGCACAGCUCUCCUCAGAAGAAGACUGAUCCUGGAAGUCCGUGUGAUCUCUGAACCCUGAGGAAACGCUGGUAAUCGGCACCAAAUAGGAAGGGAUUUUACUCCCAGGGCGACAACUUUUGAGGACAUUUUGCCUGAACUGUCCUUCAAAUUUAAAUGCCACAAACUUUAUCACAUAGUUGGUAUCAGGCAUUUCUUGCAUGGAUACUCUCAUGCUGUUGAUGCAGGUGCUGCAUUUGAAAUCUUUGAUCAAAUAUGACAUCCAACACAAACUGAACACCCAAUUCUUUAGACAUUUAACUAUUUAAAGCAAACAACAGAAAGUCAUGGUUGAGAAAUUUUAGCAGCAAAAAGUCAUUUUCAUGUCCAAGAUUUUGAUUUAUAUACAAACAAUGACAAAUAAAUUAAUUUCUAGUUGAAUACAUAAGCAUGAGCUUUACUUAAACGUCCUACAUUUUUCUACAUUUAAAACACUUCCUUGUGGUCUACAUAACAUGUAACAUGUAACCAUAACAUGGUUCUUUGGUCAAAAAUUUGCUUAGAUUAUGUUUUACACACCAUUUUUUAAGCUGCUUUCAGGCCGUCUCUUCAGGAUGCGCCAUUUUGUGGGUGGUCUUAUUUACGUGCCUCCACUUCAACUGCAUCUUCUCCCUUCUCAGCGAUGGUGUAGUUUUUAGCGCUACCAUACGGAGUCUACUUACAGAUAUAAAUUGGAGCUAUAUGCUACUUUGUAUCAGAAAUGGUAACAACGUAGGAUGCAUGUGCACAUAGGAGCCAGGCUGCCCCAUAACAAGAGAAUAGAGAAAAAGAGGAACUUAUUGACUACAAUGGUGAACUCGCGCAAAGCUUUUCAGGUCAAUCUUUACCAUAUGGAGAUAUCCGCUGACGUCACAAAUUGGGCAAGUUCAAAACGGUGUUUGGAGGAAGUAUGAAGGCAAGAUUGUUUUAUAAUUGAGUCAGCAAUGCCUUUAUGGUUUGAUUUCAAAUUUUUGAGUUUUAUGCAGAUCCCAAAUACACUAAAACCGUUACCAAUUGGUAAGAAAAGUUGUUUUUGAAUAAUAGGUCCCCUUUAAAAGUGACUUAUGAUUUUAAUAUUUUCUGACUUAGCAAUGUUGUUACAAUAUUGGCUCCUUGUGUUAAACGAUGCCAAAUCAUAAGGUUCAUGGAUCUGGGCUUGAGCUUGCGUGCUGUUUUGGAUGCCGCUGAACCUCUGUUUUGCAAUUUUUUUUUUAACAAUGACAUUUGUGAUGUCACAGGAUAGAGGGACUGUUUUGUCAAUAUGGAGAAACAAGUACAGUGCAAGUUGGAUUACCAGUAUUUUCUCUGAAAUAGCGGUAAUAUGAAUAACCUAAGAAAAAAAGUUAGUCCAGAGUCAAAAUGUGACAUAUCAGAGUGUGAAACAACACAAUUUUGCCUAGUGCGUUUUCUAUGAGGUAUUUGUUGAAGUAGCAUGUUUGCUUGGAGCAAAUAUGCAGGUGGGAUAAGUCAUUGAGCAGUGCAGCUGUAGGCGCUGCUUGUCAAAGAUCAUGUGAGGUGUUAUCAUGCAGAGAUCAGUGACACGCUCGAUAACGUUAAUCCAGGAGGGAGUGAAAUAUUGAAGCUGAAAGGCUCGAGACAUCUGGACUGGAUUUGUACGAUGUUGUUGCUGGCCAUGGCAAGCGAUGAUGGGCGGGCAGCAGGUUAAUGUAACAUGGCUAAUAGCAUCUCUCAGCUUUGCUAAUAACGUUGGUAGAUAAGAUGUGCCAGCUACAGACGGUACCUUUCCCGUCAUCCCUCAUCCAGCCCUUAAACUGCUCGUCAUCUUAAUUCAAACAACUUGAAGCCGAGAGACGGCUCUUUGAGGAAGAACAUUCUAGGUGAUGAGGGCGGGGGGUCAUCCAGGUCAGAGUGACGUCUAAAGAUGCCCCUUGAUAACCUUGAGGAAAUGUUGCUGAAAUUAUUUUUCAAGCCCCUUUUGAUUGCUGAGAGGCUCCAGAAUGGCCUGUGUGGAUGACGUCCAAUAACAAAUCCACUCCAUUGAGGAUUCUCAUUGUGCUGGAAUUAAUCACAGCCCACCUCUGUGACUGUUCCCAAUUAUGGGGCACUUUUUGUUUCUUGCUAUGGUGCUCGCCGAAUAAUGUCAUCAAGAAGGAACCAUUCACACGCUUACUAUCAAAGCUUGUCCACUGAUGAGGUUGUUUAUACUUGUACUUGGGUCCCCGGGCCCCUUGUCUCACGUUCAUAAGCACCCCAUGAAGUAGUCUGCAAGUGAUUUGCUCCAGCUCUUGCGUCCGAAAUUACACGUCACGUGGGAAUAGGAAUAAUUUGGAUGUUUUGGAGGGGGAAAGUGGAAUGCGAUGAUCAAGAGCAGUCUUAAAUUAGAUAUAAAGUAUGAUGUAUGCAUCAUCAGCCCGCAUGAUUAGAUUAUAUCUGCCAUGUUGCAAAGUGUGAGCUCAUGCUUUUUCCACUUGAUUUUUUUCGGGCACAUAAGUAGAUGAAAAAAAGCAGCGCACGACAGCUUGGCGUAGAUGAUGUUCUAGCCUAUAUCUUCAGAAACAGCCUUCCCCUUGCUUAUUGCACAAGGCAUGAGUCAAGUUAAGCUGCUUUUAUCAUCUCAAAACACUCAUGUGUUGUACUGAUGAAUUGUCAAAUUCUCUGUGCAGUACAUUUGUCAUUACAGGCAGGUGCUGGCAAUGAAGUUCUAUCUGGAAGACAA